CCAUUCUCCCACUCUCCAACUCUCUCAACACCCUGUUUGGCUCCCACCUCAAAACAAUCCCUCUUCCCACACACCAUCCCAAUGGAAACUCAAGAACCUCCCAAACAACCCCUUACCAAUCCCACUCCCACUCCUCCUCGGGAUUCCCCCUCCCCCGCACCCGCCGCCGCCUUCCUCCUCUCCUCCGUCUCCUCCCCCAUUACUCUCCAGUUCGUGGACCUGUGCUACAGAGUAAAACUCCCCAAAACUUCCCCCACAAGCAACAGCAGCGCCGGCAUCAUCCGACGGCUGAUAUCUCCCCACGAGAAAUCAUCGACGGUGGAGGAGGAGCGGACCAUACUCAGCGGCAUCACCGGAACCGUCUCCCCGGGGGAGAUCCUCGCCGUCCUCGGCCCCUCGGGGAGCGGGAAGUCCACGCUCCUCCACGCGCUCGCCGGCCGGAACCACCACCACGGCGGCCGCCGCGCCGCCGUCGCCGGCACCAUCCUCGCCACCACGACGGCGAGGAAGUCGUCGUCGCGGCUGUCCGCCAGGCAGGUGGCGAGGCGGACGGGGUUCGUCGCGCAGGACGACGUGCUGUUCCCGCACCUAACGGUGCGGGAGACGCUCGUGUCCUGCGCGAUGCUGCGCGCGGCCGCCUUCUCGUUAAAAAACGAGAAGGUGGCCGCGGCGGAGUGGGCGAUUGCCGAGCUGGGGCUCAGCAAGUGCGCCGACACGAUGAUCGGGAACGGGUUCGUCCGGGGGGUCUCCGGCGGGGAGAGGAAGCGCGUGAGCAUCGCGCACGAGCUGCUGAUCAACCCGAGCCUGUUGAUUUUGGACGAGCCGACGUCGGGUCUGGACGCGACGGCGGCGUACAGGCUGGUGGCCACGCUCGGGCAGCUGGCCAAGAAGGGCGGUCGGACCGUGGUCGCGUCGGUCCACCAGCCGUCGAGCCGGGUCUACCAGAUGUUCGACUCGGUUCUGGUUCUGAGCGAGGGGCGGAGCCUGUAUUUUGGUAAAGGUGGGGACGAGCCGAUGGGUUAUUUCGGGUCGGUUGGUUACUCGCCGUCUUUUCCAAUGAACCCGGCCGAUUUCCUCCUCGAUCUCGCUAACGGGGUUUGCCAUCUUGAUGGAGCCAGUGAUCAAAGGGAUAAACCCAACGUGAAGCAGCACCUCAUGGCCUCCUACAACGCAAUACUAGCACCAAAGUUGAAAGCCGCUUGCUUGGAAGCCACGCCAAAGGAAUCCACCACCAAUUCGUCAACAAGACACUUGGGGAGAUGUAGAGAUGACCAGAGAGUUGGCAUGACUAUGUGGUUCAACCAGUUCACCGUCCUCCUCCAGAGAAGCAUGAAGGAGCGGAGGUACGAGUCCUUCAACACCCUCCGCGUCUUCCAGGUCCUGGUCGGUGCCCUGCUGGCAGGCACGAUGUGGUGGCACUCCGACUACAGGGACAUUCAGGACCGACUGGGUCUGUUGUUCUUCAUAUCCAUCUUCUGGGGUGUGUUGCCUGCAUUCAACGCGGUUUUUGCCUUCCCGCAAGAGAGGGCCAUCUUCAUGAAGGAGAGGGCAUCCGGGAUGUACAGUCUUUCCUCUUACUUCAUGGCUCGAAUCGUGGGAGAAAUCCCCAUGGAGCUAGCCCUUCCAACCCUCUUCAUCACCAUGGCCUACUGGAUGACUGGGCUGAGGCCCGACCUGGGCGCGUUCCUCCUCACCCUUCUCAUCCUGUUGGGCUACGUCCUCGUGUCUCAGGGCCUAGGUCUGGCCUUGGGAGCGGCCAUCAUGGACGCCAAACAGGCGUCCACGAUGGCCAACGUGACGAUGCUGGCAUUCGUGCUGACUGGAGGGUUCUACGUUCACAAGGUCCCCGCAUUUAUGGCGUGGAUCAAGUACAUCUCGAGCACCUUCUACACUUAUAGGUUGUUCAUCAAUGUUCAAUAUGGUGACGGGGAGCGGAUUGCAAAGGCGUUUGGUUGCUCGGGGCAAAACGGUAACAAUUACGGUGAUGGGGGACCGGAUUGCAAGUUUAUCAGGGAAGAUUUGGAAGGACAGAUCAGCCCUUGGGUUUGUGUAGGAGCAAUGGUGUUGAUGUUUGUGGGUUACAGAGUUUUGGCUUACCUAGCAUUGAGGAGGAUCAGGACUUGACUAACCCAAAUAAAACUUGGUGGGUUUUGAUUUGGGUGUGAUUAGUUCAUUUGAGGUAUUAAACCUCUUUGAAUUAGAGACAUUGAUUCUUCAUCGAGUGGUGACCAACUGAGGCAAGAAGAAGAGAGACAUUGGUAGAUCGGGUUAUUGUGAAGUUACAACAAAAGGGUAGUUGAGAUUUUUUUUUGCCCCCUCCCCAAAGUGUUCAAUUUAUGUAUUUGGUUCUUUUCUCCUUUUACUCUUUUUCAGUAGAGUAGUAGUAGUGAUAAGAGGUUCAUAGGCUAACUGUAAUUUGAAGAAUAAGUCACAUUUCAUUCGCAUGUAAUUGUAAGAGAAUUUGGAUGCAGAAAUAAUAAUUAAAAAACACUUUCCAAACAAGUGAUCGAGCCAUUUCUCGAGAGAAUUUUUGGUUUUGACUCAUUCCUAUAGCAUCAGUAUAUGAUGAGGUCGAGUAGCGAUUUGUGCUAUAAUAAUUUGAGUCUUUGAAAGUUA